CUGUCGCCUGCCCCCUCCCCCUCCUUGCCUGACUGCAUGGCAGACGAACCGCAUGGAAAGUCGACAGCACAAGCUGACCCAGCGUGGAAGCGCAUCGGCCUACGCUUUCUGGACAGAGCGGACGCGGUUUCCUUCCUCGGCUCCUGCGCCGCUAUACUGUAUACGCGCUCCGCUGGCGUCACAUACGUUCCCGUCUGUGGCCUCGCGUGUUCGAUCUCAGUCAAAUUUCUCAAGAAGAUCAUCCGGCAGCCGCGUCCUGCUCAUCCUAAGCAGCGUAAGAGAACGUACGGCAUGCCCAGUACCCACUCCGCUGUCGUCGCUUAUUUCUCCACCUACGUCCUGCUCGCCAGCGCUCGGCUACCGAUACAUCCUUCCCUUCCCUUGAACCCUCUCAUCACUCGGACUAUACCUGCACUAAUAAUCGUGCCUUGGGCCACACUUGUCGCCUGCUCCCGUGUUUGGCUUAGGAAGCACUCGUGGAUCCAAGUCGUUGCUGGUUGCGCAUACGGCACAUUGUUUGCCAGCAUAGCGUUCUCGGUAUGGACUCGAGGCGAAUUAUCACAGUAUAAUGACUGGAUAGAGGGGUUGAUGAAUAAACUGCUUGCUACCUUUCUGAGGAUCUAAAUAAUGACGGACUACCAACUUCACGCGCACUCUACUCCCUUCCACAGUAUUAGGUAUAUAGCAGAUAAUAUACAUGGGUUCCUCUUUAUGUGUUUGUUAUUAUCAUUAGAUGAGAUUGUCAAGCGG